UGCUCUCCGCACUCGCUUGAUGCGCGUGCAAGAUUUCUCAGGCUUUUUCAGUCUUUCAGCCGCCCCCGAGUCCUCCUCCUCGCGCCGUUCAACCGAUCCCGUCACCCAGCUUUGGGACUGCUUCGCUUUGGGCGUUCCUCUCUGCUAUCUCUUCAAUCUCCUCCCUUCUGUCAACCCCAUUCCUGUUGACACUGCCUCAUUCGACCCCACAAAUGAGCGGAUGAGGAAGCGCGCCAUUGCCCAGUUUGCUAUGGGGUGCAAGCAACUCGAGGGUUGCGGCACCUUCACAGUGACCGACCUCUGGGAUCGUAGCUCUACCGACGGUUUCGUCAAGGUGGUCAAUAUUGCCACUGCCGUCGUCGACAUGCUGCCAGAUGAGGCCUACAUAGAUGACAUGCCCUCAUCACCACCACUCUGCUCGCCCAAAGACUCGAGCGACUCGCUUCCCUCUGAUAUGUACGCUUCGGGAUUCAGCGACUAUCCAGGUUGCCAGGUUGUGACGGAGCUGAUUCACACGGAGCGAAAGUACGUACAGGAUCUGGAAACGAUGCAGCAAUAUGCAACUGCCGCUGCACAGACAAACACCAUUGAUCAAGAUACCAUCCAUCUGUUGUUCCCUGGUCUCAACAAGCUGUUGAACUUCCAGCGAACGUUCCUCAUCAAGCUCGAGAGCAUAUGGGAAUUACCUUGGAAUGAAAGGCACUGGGGCCAGCCCUUCACCGAAUUCGAGGACGAGUUUGCUGUUUACGUGCCUUAUUGUGCGAACUACACAUCCGCGAGCGAGAUCAUGCUACAGGAGGAGCAUCAUCUUUCGGCUCUGGACCACAUUCUGAACGUGAAGUCGGAGUUGCCGGCCUUCCUUAUCAAGCCAGUGCAGCGCAUCUGCAAGUAUCCCCUUCUACUUGAGAGCUUGGUGAAGGUCCUGAACGGCAAGGAUGAUUACCCCUAUCUGGAGGAGCUCAAGCAGGGCGUCGCCGCCGCUAAGCGGAUCACGGACAUGAUCAACGAAGCUCAGCGUCGCGCUGAGAACCUCGCUACCGUCAAGAACCUUGAAGGCCGGGUAGAAGACUGGAAGGGUCACCACAUUUCCAACUUUGGUACUCUCCUUCUCGACGACAUCUUCACGGUAACCAAGUCGGACAUGGACCGUGAAUACCACGUUUUCCUCUUUGAGAAGAUUAUUCUCUGCUGCAAGGAAUACGUCCCUCAAGGCCCGAACGCGAAGAAGGCUGGCAAGACCAACUCCCUCUUGAAAAAACAAGGCGUACCCAUGCCUUUGAACAUCCCUGCUAGUUCGAACGGGAGAAAGAAGAACACGCCCCUUCUCUUGAAGGGUCGGAUCUUCUUGAACAAUGUCACCAGCGCGGUUCCGAAGGUCAAUGCAGGCCAAUACUCGCUUGCGGUGUACUGGAAGGGCGACGACGAUCUGGAGUACUUCACCCUCCGCUGUCGCAAUGAGGAGCAGCUGCGUUUGUGGGAGAACCAGUUGAACCGUCUCAUACAGGAGGUCGCUGCUCGGCGGUCAUCCGAAUCACGGAGCAUGCACAUGCGUUUCACGCAGGUCGCGAACAGCACUAGCCCAGCCCCAUCAUCCCGCCAAAAUGGUUACUCAAGCGACCGUACAUUCUCUAUCGUCUCGAGCGCUACGUCUGCGAUGUCCGGCAGCGCAACGAUGUCGCAGUUCCCGCCACCCACCAGCAGCGCUCGCACCGGGCGCUUCCCGUCAAUGCCAGAAGACGGGGUUGCCAACGGCCCACAAGGAUACCCACCAUACGACGGUUUUGACGUAGACGGCGAUGACGACUACGAGGAUUAUCCUGUCGCAUCGAGCAUGCCAUCUUCGGGGCGAGCGACGCCUCUGGGUGGGCGUAUGCGCAGCUCGGCGUCACCUCUGCCUCCCAGCGCAUACCCGCCGGCAAUGCCAAACGGACGACCGGCAUCAAGUAGGAGCAGUCAAGGCGGUGACUACCAACAACGGCCGGCUCUACGAAGUCAGUUCAGCUCAAACAGGCUGCGCACGCAGCAUGACCGUCCGGAAUCACGGGCAAGCGGGCCAAGUCCACAGCCCCCAUCGUUCCCCCUGCAGCGAUCGCGGAGUGCGAGCCAACCGAGCGCAUAUAUCGCACGGCAGGCGCCGCCGCCGCUCCCGUCACCAUGGACUGGGCACCCACCGCAUGUCAACGGUGAGAGCAAGCGCGGCAGCGGCUCGAGCCAAUCUACGGCAGACAACAGCUCAGACUACUCACCAAACAGCUCACCGAUCACUCCAUUCGGGUCGAGCGACACUUCACUAUCGGGCAUGACGGGAGUCAGCGCACGAUCACAUCAUGACAAGGUGCUGCAGUCCGCAACGGAGCAGCUUGAACUGACGGUGCCUGUGAAGGUCAAGGUGCACUUCCACGAAGACAUCUUCGUCAUACAGGUGCCGCGGACGACGGAGUACGAAGAGCUCGUGGAAAGAGUCGGAAGGAAAAUUCGGCUAUGCGGACCUAGGAGAGACGACGGGCCCCUGCGCGUCAAGUACAAGGACGAAGAUGGCGACCUCGUGUCGCUAGGAUCAACGGAAGACGUCCAGAUGGCGUUCGAGUCGUUCCGGCCUGGUAGCCAGGUGACGCUAUACGUGCAAUGAGCAGCCAUCUGGCCUUGCGUUUCGAUCAGUCUCCCUUCGUAUCCUCGCUGUGUCGCAUUCGCUCUUCGUCCAUCUCCGCUCAUCUGUCGAUUUCCGGAAUACGCAACUUGCUGAAUUCUGACCAUCGCAUUAUCAUUAUACGGAUUUCACUACUACACCUGCACACUCUUUUGUCGAUCCUCGUUUUCUUUUCUCUAUUCAUCUGUAUCACGACCCUGUCUAUGACUUUCUUCUCGUUUUCUUACGAUUUCUCCGGUAUUCUACGCACUGGCAGCUCGUGCACAUUGAUUAACACCCCACCCACACUUUCCUUUAGCCUUCUUCCUUCCCUUCUUCCUUCGCGCAUC